UGACGAUUACAUUUUGUAUGCGCUCCUUGACAUCCGUGUCGUUACGUACUGUGUAUUUUGCAUACGCAUUGCAUUGCACUAAAUAUGGCGGAAGCUGUGGUAGAUUCUCGCUCGACGUCUGCGAGAUUUUUUUGCCACAAAUGCUCGACAGAAAUUGCUCCAGAACUACCCGACUUCACAUGUCCCAACUGCCAUGGAGGUUUCAUAGAGGAAGUGGGAGAACGGGAAGAUCAAGAAAGAACGUCGGAUGCCAGUGAUGAUCUAGGGGCUGACGGGAACGAACCAUUUGAUUCAGCGCUUGUUUUCUCAUCGUUAUGGAAUCAGUUGUCCAGUCCGGAACAACGAAACCGGUCACAACCUGGUCCCAAUCAAGCUAGCAGCAGCAACAGCAGUAGCAACAGCAGCAGCAGCAGCAGCAGCAGUGGUAGUAGUAAUAACCCCGGUAGCAACCUACGCAGCAACAACAACACAAUAACCAUAGGUGGAAGCAAUCCUGUUAGGUUACAUCACUUUGCUCCGUCGAGGGGGCCCUCCAGACUCACCCUGCAGCGCAUGGGACCUAGAGAUAACAGGGGCGACCCUGCUGCAGAUAUGAUAGCAAUUCUGCAGCAUUUAUUGGGUCUCGGCAACCCUAUGUCACAAGGACCCGGCGGCUUCAUCUUUCCAGUUCAGAUGUUGAAUCUUCACGGCAACCCACGAGACUAUGCAUGGGGAGAGGGAGGUCUAGAUGCCAUCAUUACCCAGUUACUAAAUAAUGUUGAAGGGCAGGGCCCAUCACCUGCAUCACAGGAAGACAUUGGCAAGUUGCAGACAACUACGAUUAACAAUGAACAGACGGAGAAUAAUCUAGAAUGUCCCGUCUGUAAAGACGAGUUCAGCGCUGGCCAAGUUGUCAAGCAGAUGCCCUGUAAGCACUUGUUUCAUCCCGACUGCAUCAUCCCAUGGUUAGAACUGCAUAAUUCCUGCCCAGUAUGUAGAAAAAGCCUGGAUGGCCUCAGUACUGAGAAAGACAUCGACACCACCGGAAAUGGUUCUAGUGAUUCAACGCCUUCUCUCUCUUAGUAAACCAUGCAGUUGGUAAGGUUAUGCAGCCAGUGGGCAGCCAUUUUGUCUUUUUUUCGUCCAGACCCUGAGCCUCCCACAGCUUCUACACCAUUUGUAUGCACCCUCCACAUACCGGCCAAGCUACAACCAACCAAUACAAACAACUUGCAGCUUCUGGUAAUUAAAGGUAUCUUGUGACAAUAACACGUGUCAAGUUAUUUCAUUCUGUAUUUACUCUCCUGAACAAAUUGUAAAUUUCCAAUGAGUCUGUCUUGAAAACCUUGCUCAAAAUCUUGCUAUCAUUGUGUGUUAUAAAGGGCUUCGUUAGGGUAGCUCAUAUUUCACAAUUGACCUGGGCCCAAUUUCAUGGCGCUGCU